UUGAGCCGUCUGGGCCGGUUCAACAUUAACGCGUUUCCCAUCGAAAAGCGAACUCCACGUGCGCCGCGUGGGUGUUGCAUAAGACAUUAGAGCAUUAGAGGGACUGUAUUAGGCUAUGGUUCGCAGUUGAUAGUGCCUCGUAUGCUUUCGUGCUAGUCGUGACGUAUUUAGUUCGUUUGUGAGUAGUGAUUUAAUUUUUCUGUUGCUUACGCAUGUUCUGAAAUUGUGAUUCACCAUCUUUCGGAUCUAUAAGCGAUUCAAAAAUGAAUGUUGUGGCACAUCGCUUGAGAGGUGCUUCGUGGGUACUGGCCUCGCUAGCGAUACUCCUUUCCCAACAAGCUGAUGGCCGAACAUCGGACAAGCUGAAAGUUACCAUGCCUCACGGUGGAUCACUCGUUGGGAGAUACCUUAACUCUUUCAGCGGUCACGGAAUCUUGGCGUUCCUAGGAGUUCCCUACGCGAAACCACCGAUCGGAGAGCUUCGUUUCAAGGCACCAGUUCCGUUUGGAGGCUGGUCCGGGAUUCGGAGCGCCACAAUCGAUGCACCACUUUGUACCCAACGUGACCCAUACCGUCGAGAUGAGGAGAUCUCCGGUGUGGAAGAUUGUCUACAAAUCAACAUUUACGUACCCGAACGACGCCGAGAACUGGGAGCGUCUGGUGAGGAUCAAACACCGUUUCCGGUGAUGGUGUUCUUCCACGGCGGCGGCUGGCAGUGUGGGUCAGGCACACGAUCGUUCUAUGGUCCCGAUUUUCUGCUUGAGCACGAUGUCAUAUACAUCGGGGCAAACUUCCGGCUUGGCCCGUUGGGAUUCCUGAGCACUGAGCAGGAGGACUGUCCGGGUAAUAAUGGACUGAAGGACCAAAGCUUGGUGUUGCGAUGGAUACGAGACAACAUAGGCGCCUUCGGUGGAGACCCGAAUUUGGUAACCGUGUUCGGUGAGAGUGCCGGUGGAGCUAGCGGAACGUACCACAUGAUGUCGCCGCUUUCGAAGGGUUUGUUCCAGAGAGUAAUCUCGCAGUCCGGGGUUAAUUUGGAUGCUUGGGCUCAGCCAGCCCAUCGCGGGGUGGCUCGGGCACGCUCUAUUCAACUGGGCCAGAUGCUAAACUGUUCGCAGGGAACUGACGGCCGUUUCACCGAAAUGAUACAUUGUUUGCGUGGUGUUUCGGCGGAAGACGUUACCAAAGCGUUUUACGACUUCUACGUAUGGGACACGGAUCCGAUGAUUCCUUUUCCACCGGUGGUGGAGCCCAACCUACCAGGGGCUUUCAUUACAAAACAUCCACGCGAUGAAACCGAACCACAUGCAAUCGGGUUACCCUGGAUGACUGGUCUUACCCUGGACGAAGGUGCUCUGAAGAGUGCAUCGCUGAUUAACGUACCAAGACUUCGCCAAAGCUUAAAUGAACACUGGGAGCAAGCGUUGCCGAUUUCCUUGUACUAUGACCACCAUGAAUCAACACACCAACGAAAGAUCACGGACGCAAUUAACGAGUUUUACUUUAGCAAAAAGAAACUCGUCAAGGAAACGGAGAAGAACCUCACAAAUCUCUAUUCGGACGCGUGGUUCCUCACCGGCAUGGACGAAUACAUACGAAUACGUUUACUCACCGAUAGAACUGAUGUAACGUCUCCUCCCAGAGCCAAUGUCGGUCCAACAUAUGUGUACCUUUUUGCACAGAAGGCAUCAGCAAGUUUUACAGAAAUAUUCGAAGGCGGAAAGGAGAAAUACUAUGGAGUAUGCCAUGCGGAAGAACUGCAGUACAUGUUUCCGAUCGCCAAAGACUUGUUCAUGACCAACAAAAAAACGUUUUGA